CGAUAAUGGCAGGCUCUACUUGUUGUGCGUUGCCUUUUAAGCAAACACACCAAGGAAUCCCCACAAGAAAUGCAGCCUAGAUGGAGGACAUUCCCACCAGCUCCAGCGUGCGUUCAUGGAAGCACAUCAAAAUCUUUACCUGCUCACAAGAGGAGUGCAGCGUUUUCGCUCGAAGCGUUCACGAACGGUUGAACGCUUCACAUGACGCAUUGCGGUUCACGACGGCGAGUGGAAAGCAAAAGUCCCAAAACUAUCGUUAAGACACUGAACCGAACUCCAGUGUUGGGGCGACUGGCUGGAAUACACUGUCGCCUAAGGUUUGGCGAACUUAACGCAAAGAUGGACGGCAUCGUUAUCGGCAUUAGUCUGAUGGCCCAGGCUCGAGCGGACAAGAUCAAUGGACUGGGAUCAAGUUUUGAUAUCAAAUAACGUUGUUUUAUAAGAAGAAUUGACGCGGUCGGUUAGCAGCUCUAACCCCCGCAAGCUUAUUGGUGAUGAGGGGCGAGACAAGUAGGCGACGACUGCAAUGCUGGACAUGAACAUGUCAAUUUCAGGCGAUCAGUCAAGAAAACUUGCCGAUGUAAUGCAUGGCCCAGCGAACUUUGGUUGAUGUAGUGUGAAAGGGUAAUUAUUUAAAAAUGACUUG